AAGAGUCAAAAUAAUUAACUCAUUCAGGAAAGUCUUCGCAAUUAUGUUUUUUAAUAUUCUUUUAACGUCAUUCUACUUAGCUAGUGUUGCAUUUGUCUACGCGUCGAAGAAUCAACCGCCAACGUAUCAGCUAAAUGAUGGACGGCGUAUGCCAAGUUUAGGCUUAGGGACUUGGUUUGGAAUUUCUAAUUUAACAAUAAUUAACCCAGUCGACGAGGAAGCUUCGGAACGUGCAGUGGGCUGGGCCAUCGACGCAGGCUAUAGACUUUUUGAUACAGCUUACAUCUAUGGCACCGAGAAAACGGUCGGUCGGGGAGUGAAACGAAAGAUCAGUGAAGGUGUAAUUAAGAGAGAAGAUGUGUUUAUUAGCACAAAGCUUUGGAGCGACUCCCACGCCCGCGAGGCCGUAGUACCGGCUCUACGAAAAUCUCUGGAAGCACUCGGUUUGGACUAUGUGGAUUUGUUUCUUAUACACUUCCCUAUCGGACAAUUUGCAAACGGCACUUUUGACCUGACCGACUACACGGAGACAUGGGAAGGCAUGGUGGAGGCUAGGCGACGCGGUCUCACACGCUCCAUCGGCGUCUCAAACUUCAACGCGCACAUGAUGGAUAGGCUCAUCAAAAGCUCAUGCAUUAAGCCGGCAGUGGCGCAGAUUGAGGUAAACCUCAAUAUCCAGCAGCCGUUGUUGCUGCGUUACUGUUGCGAGAAAGAUAUAACAGUAAUGGGCUACACACCUUUCGGGUCAGUGUUCCCGGAUCGCGCGCUGCCUGGUGCGCCGGGGCCGCGCGUCGACGAUCCACUGCUGCGACAAAUCGCCGCAACACACAACAAGACAGUGCCGCAGAUCAUACUGAGAUAUUUGAUCGAUUUGGGCGUCAUUCCUAUACCAAAGUCGAUUACGAAGUCUAGAAUAGAAGAAAACAUUGACAUAUUCGAUUUCGGUCUGUCACCAAAGGAGAGGAUCGCACUGGGAGGCUUCGAUGUGAACUACAGAAGCGGCAAGAGUUGGUCCGACUCACCUUAUUACUUAACCAGAGAAUUCACAACGGUGUAAUAGAAUUUGUCUGGCGAAGGGAAUUAUUAUGGAAAAUAAAAAAGUGUUUAUAAUUAGUUAUAUUUUAUUACAUAUAAGUCAUACUCGUGUAGAUACCACAAAAUGCCCCAACUAAGAUAUAUUAAUUACGAGCUACCAGUUGUUCUAGAAUAGAAUCGAAUAAAACUUCAUUAUAAAAUUAACAAGUUAAUAAUUACGAUAUAGAAAACUAAACGAAACUGAUUAUUUGGCGUUUGUUGACGAUAAAAUGAGAAUGUAUUAGAAUAUAUUACUACCCAAAUAAUUACAAUAUUGAUUAUUACAUAUAAUAUUAUGUAUCUUAUUCACACUAAGCAACUACUUUAGGGUGUCCUAUAAAUAUUCAAUAUCAGUGAUACUAAAGAACUACCUCUUCAACACUGCAGUAGUUUUAAUUUUGGUUACUUCGAGUUAUUAUAAAACGAUUACAUAGACGAAUUAAGACACAAUAGUUAGCCUUAUUUUACUUAAAUUAAAAAUAAUUAGUUGCUUAACAAACCAACCUGUAGAAUUCGAAAUGUUCACUAUGGCAACACUUCUAAUGUGUUACUUCGUGUUAUUUUAUUUCGGAGGCUACAGGCUGGCAACAAGUUUUUAGAAUAGAUAUUUUUCUAAUUAUAAAACACUGCAUUAAUUUAAAUUGUACACAUCUAACCUAUUUGAAUUGGUGUUUCAAUACCUUCAGUGGACGAAUCGCUUUCGCGGGCAUCUUCCUAUAACCUAUAAUUAAUCAUUAGUUUCAUACAAUAAGUAUUUUUAUAAAAAAA